CGCAUAAAUUUUUAGCGAAAACUGUGAAAAACGUUUAUAAAACUUGCCAAAAAACACACACUGUGUGCUUUUGCGUUUAGCUUAACGCAUAAUUAAAGCAUCUGCACUUGCUGCGCAGCCAAAAUCAAGUUAAUUGAAUAUUACAUCGCAUACACGGCUUCGCAAAAUCAAGCACACUAAUACAGACAUAGAGUAGCGUGUGCGUACGUACGUGUGUGUGUGUGCUGGCCGACUGUGUGUGUGUAUAGAAGUAGUUUUUGUUGCGGGUGCCGGGUUACAAGCAAAUAUUGUAUUUUGAGUUUGAUUUGAUUUACAAGAGAGCGCGCGUAUCAAUUGUGUGUGGCAUGAAAUAAAAAUAAAAAACAGAAACCGAGUUGUGCGGUGUAAAUAAAACUACGUAACGCUAGCGAGAGUGCAAGUGUAUUUCGUACCAAGAUGAUGUUCACGGGCACCAACCAGCAGCAGGACACGCGCUUCAGCGACAAGGAGAAGAAGCUAUUGAAGCAAAUGAAGUUUGGCGAUUGCCUUAAUAAGCGCGUGGAUAUGACCAAAGUAAAAUUGGAUGUGCUACGUCCAUGGAUUAGCAAAAAGAUUACCGAGCUGCUGCACAUGGAAGAUGAUGUGGUUGUCGAGUUUGUCUACAAUCAGCUAGAGGAAGAGAAAUAUCCCUGCCCCAAGAAAAUGCAAAUAAAUAUGACUGGCUUCCUCAAUGGACGCAAUGCGCGCCAAUUCAUGGGCGAUCUCUGGGCGCUGCUACUCUCUGCCCAAGACAGUGAAAGCGGCAUACCAGCCGAGUUCAUACAGCAGAAAAAGGACGAGAUACUCAAGCGUGAGGAGGAACUGGCGCAACAGCAGAAGCAGCGUCAUGUCUCGCGCUCUCGCUCACGCUCACGCUUUCGCCAUUCUGGCUCGCGAGAUCGGCAACGCAGAUCCAAGUCACGUUCACACAGCCGCUCUGCCUCCAAAAUGGCAGCACCAACUAACAAUGGCAGUGUGGCAGCUCCCAUAAACGCAGCAGCACGCGAAGCUGCCGCCAAUGCAGCAGCACGUCUACGCAAGCGUGGACGUGAGGCUUCACCCAGUGCCAGUACUGGAAGCGGCGGUACAGCAGCUGCGGCAGCAGCAACAGCAGCGCCUGUAAAUGGACGCCACUCGACGCAGGGUUCACCUAAGCCCGAGACAGCAAAUAAAUCCAAGGCCAAAUCUCGUUCGCGCUCACGGUCCGCACGCAGUCACAGCAGAUCUCGCAGUGGCCGCAAAAACUCGAAGGCAAAAGCGCCGGCAGCAGGAGCACGUUCACGCUCACGCAGCUCCUCCCGUCGCAGUAAUCGCCGUCGACGCAGCGCUAGCAGCAUUUCGCUGUCGCCCGAACGUCCGAACGAUCAGCAGCACUUUGAGCAUCGUCGCAACAAGAACAGCGUCCAGAAUAAACGUCACUAUCGCAGUAAUCGCGGCGACUCUGCCAGUUCCAUAGAGCGCGGCGGCGAUGGACGUGGCCGACAGUUUAGCGGCAAUCGACGUACGCAGCCACAGCGGCGCUACUCUCCACGUCAACGCAGUCCCAUGCGGCAGGAUAAUGGACGUUUUCAGCGUUCCAAUUCGCGUCGACGCUCGCGCUCUCGCAUGCUCUCCAGAUCGCCCAUGCGCUACUCCAGAUCACCCCGUCGAAACUUUAACAACCGUCGCCGCUCACCAGCUAUGAAUUAUCGUGGCGGCCAGCGUGGUGGUCGCGGCGGUGGUGGCCACCAACGUAAUAUGUGGAAUCAGCAGCAGAACCAGUAUCGCGGAAAUAGUCCUCAGCGUGUCGGCCGCAUUAACUGGCAGGCCAGGAAUAACAGCCCUCAAGGCGGACGACGCUUUGACCGUUUCUCACGAGAUCGUCGCAGCUCUCCUCCAGCUAAUCAGGGACAGGGUCAGCAGUUCCGCAAGCAGUUUUCGCCAGCGCGUCGUUUUGAUCGCCGCAAUUCGCCACAGGGCAACUUUAAUCGUUGGGAUCAGCAUCAGCAAAUGCCGCAACGCAACCAACAGCUGCAGCAUCCGCGCCAGGCGCGCUCCAGUUCAGACAGCGCUAGUCCGCCGCCUGCAGCAGCUCGUCGCCCAGCACAGCGCAGCGUUAGCAUCAGUCCAGUGCCGCGUCGACGCACUCGCAGUCGCUCUGACAAGCGCAGCGUCAGUCGCAGCCGACGCAGUCAAAGUCGACGCAGCCGCAGUCGCAGCCAACCACGCAAACGUAGUCGCAGUCGCAGCCCACGCAAGCGUAGCUCAAGCCGCAGUCGUUCCAAUUCCCGGCCGCAGCAACGCAACCGACGUCGUUCCGUAGAGUUUGCUGGUCCCGCUGUCAGCACCAUUGAUCUCUGUCGCGAGGAUCCCAAACCGCAGCAGCUGGAGAAACCACAAACGCUGCCGCAGUCUCAGCCAACACUUGCGCAGCCUGAGCAUCGCAGCCUGUCCAGUCUGUCGCGCACGCCAUCUCCUUUCCUUAAGCCACACGAGCGCAGCCUGGUAGCGGCAGGGACAAGGAAGUCUCGCGCGCAUAGCCAAAGCAGCAGCUCGGACAGCAGCGAUGACGACAGCGCAGACAGCGACGAUGAGCAGCAGCAGAAGAGACGUCGUGCCGCAGCGGCUGCGCAGAAAAACUCCAAGUUAAAGGUGGCAGCCAAGACAAAAGCGUCCCGCAGCUCGGGCAGCAGCAGCAGCAGUGAGGAUGAGAGCAGCGAUGAGCGUCAGAAACAGCGCAAAAAGCAGGCGAUGCUGCUUAAGCGUAAGGAGGAUGCCAGUGUCAGCAGAAGCGAAAGGGACAAGCGGCGCAGUGGCGGUGGCGACAAGAAGUUGCAACGUAGGAAUUCUAUCGUUGCGGAUUCGGCAGCAACAGAGAAGCUCAAGCGCAGUCACAAAAAGUUACGCAAAGAUGAUAGUGCAGGCGAUGCCAGUGAUUCGGACGAUGAACGUGUGCCUAAGAAGAAGCGCAAGAAGUCCAAAAAAUCAACGGACAGCGAUUCGGCUUCGGAGGAAGAGUCUUCGUCGAAGAAGAAGAAGCACAAGAAACACAAGAAGCAUAGCAAGAAGAGUAAGAAGCAUAAGAAGCAUAAGCGAAAGAGCAGCAAGCAUAGACAGGACAGCAGCUCACAGGGCAGCAGUGACGAGGAUGAGGAGGAGCAUACCACAAGCGGUGGUAAGCGAAAUGGCAAGUUGCCACUGCUGCUAGCUGGUGGACCCGGCAUUAAUGAGGAUUUGGAGAAGCAGCUGCGCGAGCGUGCGCUCAAAUCUAUGAAGAAGUUGGACUGAAGAACAACAAUAACAGACUAAUUCUAAAACAACACACACACACACACACACUCACUCACUCAUACACAUACAAAAUGCCCUCAUAUAUGUUAAAUACAUACCCUAUGCAUUAUGUUAAAAUUAAACGGCACCUUAUCAUAAAGAACGUACGAAUGGACAGAAGUAAAGUCGUACAUGCGUAGCCAUUUAAACAUCCACGUAACAUUCAUUAUUACAAACAUAUUUACAAUAUAUUAAACAAAACCAAUUUCUAAAAAUUUAUUUCAUAUAUUUAAGUUUCACACUUUAACAAAUGCUACUGAAAAAAGAAUGCGCAUGUUAAAUGCAGUUUGUAUUAUGUACAAAAACUUAAGAAAUCAAGAAAUUAUCCAUAAAGAAACACACAUAACAAUUUAAAAUAAUAAUAAAUAAUAAUAGAGAAAAGCAAUUGUGCUUUUAUGACGAAAAAAAUUAAUAAAAACCAAAUGAUUGGUAAUUUACAGUUACAAUA